CCCACACUACUCAGCCUGGAGGAAGAGAGACCCCCAGACAACAGAGCUUGACAGAUCCUAGAGAGAGGCUGUCAGGGGGAUGGAAAGAGAGAAAGCUGAAGACAGUGGAACCAAUAAAGGGACGAAAACGAAGGAUUAUUAGGACUUGAAGGAAAGUCUGACGCGAGUUUUCUUUGAACAUCGAAGCGGAAACCCUCCUUUUUUGCAUAGGAACCUCAGUGCCACAGGCCCACUGUCGCUAGCUCGUUGCUUCCAAGGCAACGGGAGACGCUUUAAUUGAGGCACAACUGUAGCUUACUUCCGGACAUUGGACUUCCUGCUUCCGGUUCUCUAGGAAGAAGAGGAAUUUUUGUUUGGGUAGCUAUUAAAGACACAAGAUCAGAGCAGGCUGCUCCCCUCUAUCCUGCUCCAGCACAGUUGGCAGCCUUACUUGAGAAAAUGAUUCCUGGCUCAGUGUUAGCAUCCGGGGCAACUUUAGAAAACCUAGUGUGAAGAAGUGAAUGACUAAAAAAAGUAAGCUGGGACUCUUUCUGGAUUGUCUUGCUGAACCCACAUGACGCGCCAUGGCAAGAACUGCACCGCAGGGGCUGUCUACACCUACCACGAAAAGAAAAAAGACACAGCUGCUUCCGGCUACGGGACGCAGAAUGUCCGCCUUAGCAAGGAUGCUGUUAAGGACUUCGACUGCUGCUGCCUCUCCCUGCAGCCCUGCAAGGAUCCCGUUGUGAGCCCUGAUGGAUAUUUAUAUGAGAAAGAAGCCAUUCUGGAGUAUAUCCUGCACCAGAAAAAGGAGAUCGCCCGGCAAAUGAAGGCUUAUGAAAAGCAGAAAAAUGAGAAGAAGGCAGAGAUGGUGGAACUAACCAAGGCUGCCAAAGAGUCCAAGGUGAAGAGUUUCCUGGACAAAGAGCUAAGCAUUGUGAGCAAACCUCUCAACCCCUUUGAUCGCAAGGAAGGGGACUCCCAGCCUGGGCCCAGUAAUGAAGACAAAGCCAAGCAAUUGCCCAGUUUUUGGAUCCCUUCACUGACCCCGGAAGCCAAGACCAAAGUGAUUCAGAAGCCAGACAAGUGUGUUUAUUGUCCCAUGAGUGGGAAACCUCUGAAACUGAAGGAUCUGGUCCCAGUGCAUUUCACCCCUGUAGACCCUAACGUGGAUCGAGUUGGGCUGAUCAACCGGCAGGAUCGCUAUGUGUGUGCUGUCACACGAGACAUGCUUGGAAACUCAGUCCCUUGUGCUGUGCUCCGACCUUCGGGCUCUGUGGUGACUCUGGAAUGUGUGGAGAAACUCAUCAAGAAGGACAUGGUUGACCCAAUGAAUGGAGAGAAACUAACAGACAAGGAUAUCAUUGUCCUACAGCGGGGUGGCACUGGAUUUGCAGGGUCAGGCGUGGAGCUGGAGGCCAAGAAGUCCCGCCCUGUUAUGCAAGCUUAAUGUGCCCAGAAGCAUGGCCCAGCUGCAGAACCGCUCAGGGCUGCCUACCAGAGAAGUGUGCUGUGAAGGAGUGGCAACAGCUUUCUGUACUUUUGUAAAUAAAGUUGUGGAGGUUU